AUGGCGGCCCUCUCGACCACCUACGCCACCGCCAGGCACUCUAGCUGCCGCUGCACUGGGGCCGACCUCAACCUGCCGCCGCCGCCCGUCACCGCGCUGGCCCAGGCCCGCACAGACGUGUCCGUAAUCCCCACCAGCGCCGGCAACCAGCUGGCCGUGCACCGGCCGCUGCGCCUGGAUGAGCGCAUGGUGGCGCUGGCGGCGGCCAUCAGCAUCGACUAUGACUUCUUCUCCCGCCACUCCUACGGCGGCGGCGUGUUAACCCCCUUCUUCGGGCCGCCAGUCAUGCCCUACCCGGGGCCCGUGGGCGGGGAGGCGGCAAAGGCGGGCGGCCCAGCGGAGGGAGCGAAGGGCGCGGCAGGCGGCGCCGCUCCCACGGACUCCGGGGCCCCAGGCGGGGAGAAGCCUCUCGAGCGGGACUUGGGCAGCAACAACGGCGGCUGGUUUGGCGGCUCUGGCAAGCAGGAGGAGGACGAGGGGGAAGGGGACUGGGGCAGCAGCGGGGGAGGUGGCGACGAUGCUGGCGGGGAUGGAGGAGGGUGGGGGUAG